AUGGGACCAUCCCUCGCUAUCGCUCCGGUCUACAUUGCCGGAAAUGAAGAGCAAAAGAAAAAAUAUCUUGGCAUGCUGGCUGCCGAGCCACUCAUUGCAUCCUAUUGUGUGACCGGAACCAGGCGCCGGAUCGGAUGUAGUCGCUUCUCUGAGGAUCCAAUCCUUUUUGCAGGAGACGAAUACGUCAUCAAUGGGAACAAGGCUUGGAUUACUAGCGGUGGACACGCACAAUGGUUUUUCGUGUUGGCGAGGACGGAUUCCGAUCCGAAGACUCCGGCCGGGAAGGCGUUCACGGCUUUUAUCGUUGAUGGGGAUACGCCAGGGAUUAUUCGAGGAAAGAAAGAAAAGAAUUUGGGACAGCGGUGUGCUGAUACCAGGACGAUCACUUCCGAAGACGUCGCUAUGGGUGCUUUCGACAUGACGCGCCCUGGAUGUUGCAGCAGGAGCUUUGGGACUUGCUUGGAGCCCCUUGAUGAAUCGGCGAAAUAUUCUCUAGAGCGAAAGACGUUUGGCACCCAGAUUGCCAACCAUCAGGCCGUCCAAUUCAUGCUAGCUGAUAUGGCCAUUAACCUGGAAAUGGCGCGAUUGGUGACUUACAAAGCAGCAACGGACGUGGAUAACCGGGUGCGAUCGUCUUACUAUGCUUCUAUUGCCAAGUGCUUUGCCGCUGAUAUAUGGCUAAUCAAGCAGCCACUAAUGCCGACCAGAUCUUUAGCGGGUGGAGCCGCUUUCAAUACCGAAUAUCCGGUAGAAGGUCUACCGGGAUGCCAAAAAUCUUACCAAAUCUACGAGGGCAACAUCGCAAUCCAGCGCAUGGUCAUCAGCCGAAUGAUGUUUGGCCACCUGGCAUCCACUGGAACUUGCCGAGUC